AACAGUGUGAAGUUCUUCUGACGAAAAAUAAUAGGAGAGGGACGCGAACGGAACAGUGGGAACAGUCUUCUAUUCUUCGAGUCCACGACAGGACCGCGUGGUUCCAUAGGCGCCAAAACUACAAUACUCUUCGCCCAAAACCUCACUAAUUUACCACAAACAAUAUGGAUUUUUCUUCGAAAAUUUACGUGAAACUUCGAUAUUAACAUGUUCAUCACUUCCUUGUUGGUCUCGAUUGAACAGCGUCAAUGACAAAAAUUCCUGCGUGAAUUCAAAGAAUACCGGUUUCUCUGUUGGGCUUUGGACGUGUUUCCAGAGCCGGUGAAAAAGUCAGUGCACAAGUGAUACUUUUAAAAUUUCUUUAGAAACGUUUGUGGUUGGAAUAUUCGAAUAUGGAUUCUGAAGAUACGACUAUUAGAGGAGGAUCUCCUGGAGGCACGAGUGGAAGUGUAGGGGACGAGGGUGUGGGAGCUGAGAAGAGGAGAGGCAAAUGCAAGUGGUUCAACGUGGCCAAGGGGUGGGGGUUCAUCACUCCCGACGACGGUGGACAGGAUAUAUUCGUUCAUCAGAGUGUUAUCCAGAUGCAAGGAUUCCGCAGUUUGGGUGACGAUGAAGAGGUUGAAUUCGAGUGUAAGGCGUCCGACAAAGGACUUGAGGCGACUUUGGUGACCGGACCGGAGGGCUCCAAUUGUGUUGGUUCUCACAGACGUCCUGUCAACAAAAAGAGGUUCAAGAAGAUACGCUGCUACAACUGUGGCGAAUUCGCCAACCACAUUGCCGCCAAGUGCAACCUGGGUCCGCAGCCGAAGAGAUGUCACCACUGUAAGUCCGAGGUGCACCUCAUCGCCGACUGCCCGACCCGCCAGACCAAGAAGUCAUCCAUCAACAACACGGAGGGCACCAGUGAGUCGGGGCAGACCGAGAGUGCCUCCAAUGACACCAAAAACAACGGUCAAAUCAGCCCCGAAACUGAACCGGUUGAAUCUUAAUGCGCAGCUUCAGCAAACAUCAAUCAAAUACUCGAACUGCAAACUAAUUAUGUACACUGUACCAUAGCUGCGUGGAUUUCUUCCCUCAUGUAAUUAUUAUAGUGGAAUACAGUUGAGCCAUUUAACUUCGAUGUCAUAGAGUACGGUAUCAUUUUUUAUGAUUUUAUUCUCAUAAUAUUAUGUUCAUCUUAAAUUUUAUCUUAUUUACUUUUUUGGAUGAGUAGCGGUACAUUCUUGAUGUCUUUACUCGUUGAAUAUAAAGAAAUAGAGAGACUGGAGACUCUCUUUAAUAAUGUAUACUGUAUAAAGGUACAAGAAUAUUUGAAUUAAUGUUCUAUCUUGAUUUGAUAACACGUUUUUUGGUUUCCAACAUUAUUGUACAAUCCUUAAAUUGAUUUCCCCACAUUACAAAAGGUUUUAAGGUAUAAACGUAUUUUUCGUACCGUACCUUCAUUUUUUCAACAGAACAGGCUACAACUGUCUCCAGUAAUAAAAUCAUUAGAAAAAGAAGUCCACAUUUCACUCUCACUGUAUCCUCUUCUGUGAGAGUUUACAAAUAAUUGAAAAUUUGAAUACAAAGUCUGAUAUAUGAUGGUAGAUUGCAUAUUGAUACCAUUGAAAGUAGAUUUAAUGAUUAUCGCAUUCACUAGUGUUUUAUUAUAUACGGUAACUCAGGAAUUUUAUUACGGGUAUAUUCCACCAAGUUAAGUGUAAUUUAGCUGUAAUAAUUAUUAUAAGACUGACCUAAAAAUUUGUCAUUUAUUUACAGUUAACAUUUUGUUUUGAUAUGUUUGUACUUAUUUUUGUUCAAUCAGAGCAGUAGUCUGAUUGUUUUAUUAUUUACUUUUUAUUUGCUGGUUAUUUUAAAAGGUUGGCAACUCUUGCUUGCCCUCCCACCAGUUUUUUUACUUUCUUGUGUACUUACAACGCAAAUAAGAUUUUAUGACCAACUGGCGAGUACUUAGUGAUAAAAAUUAAAAGAUUUGAGAUUUAUUUUUAUUUGGAGUUUAAAACUACAUUUUUGGAGUGGAGAUAUUACAUAUUUUUGGAGAAAUAAUAACAGAAUUUUUGGAGAAAAUUAUACAGAGUUGGCACUACAACAGAUUAUUUUAAGAUGCAAUAAUUAUAUGGGCUCUCUUCAAUUUCAUAAUUUUUCUAUAGCUUGAAUAAUCUUUUUAAUUUCAUGAAUUUAUAAUAACAGGAUUUGAAAUACCUAGUCGUCUUGAAUAACUAUGAAUGAAUCCUUUCAUCUUACAAUUUCCAACACUCUCUGAAAUUCUGCUAACUUUUUUAUAAACAUAAAAAACGUAAAUUUAUACAAUAUAAUCACUAUCUCUAUAAUAUAUUAUGAGUAGGCUACUGACUAUUCUCCAACGUAGAAACUUUUUCACAGAACACAUUCUUGUCUAGUUCUCUUUGUGGUAAUAAUUGAAUUUGGAAUGAAGAUCUCUCGAAAAAUAUUUCAGAAGAAAAAUUGUAGUAGAUUUUUGAGACCUCAAUGAUUGGACACUCUCUUGGAAAUGUUUCGGAUUGAAAACUUGAACAAUGCAAAGACAACUGAAUAAUUAAGUAGUUCUGCUAUUAUUUUCUAUGCUUUCUACAUUGGAGAAUCUUCAUAAAAUUGCAAUUUUUUUCUAGAUUAUAAUUCAAUGUGUUUCUUGAGAGAUGAUUCUAUUUAAAUGGGAGCCCAUCAAAAAUUUUCAACCUGAGCUGUGAGAAACAAACUUUAAUUUCAAAAUAAUUAAAGUUGAAGUCCAACAACUGUGAAAUUAAUGUUUACUUUAAAGAUUUUCAUAUUUACUUAUUUUAAUGGAAAAUUAUUUUUAAUUCAAAUUAUUUAUACUCUAUUUUCAUAUUUAAACUUAUUUAUAUUUUGUGAAAAAGUAAUAUCAAGUUCAAAACUAUUCACUCCUAGGAUGUUGAUUCAUUCCAGAAGGAAAUGGAUUUUUUCAUUCAAGCGUUCUCAUUAUUUAUUAACUAACUCGCCUCAGUUAUACAGCUUUUUUUCUAUUUUCAAGUGAUCAGAAAUCCUUGCAAAACUGAAACUUCUCUUGUAAACAUUUUUUGAAAAAAAAAUAUUUGUUUCAAUAUUAAUUUAUUAUAUCGUGUUUUGGAAUAUGCAGUAAAUUUACAGUAGGCUACUAAUUUUUUUUAUAAAAAUAAUCUCAUUAUAUUAUAUUGGUUCAUAUAUCAAAUGUAAUACAUGUUUUGAAAGAUGUGCGAGCUCUUCAACGGUGAAAAUUUAUUGAUUUGAAAUUUAGGAAUUCCCUUUCCUAUCCAGUUGACAUGAAUGAAUCAACAGCCUAAAAAAUAUUCCAUUGAUGAGAGUAGCCAAAAACAAUAUUUCUUCCACUAAGCCAGUUUAUCCUAAAAAAUUAUUUGUAGAAUAUAAGCCUAUAAUUUUCUUUUCCUUUCUAUAAGUAGUUUUCCCUAAUAAUAUAUGUUGUUUCUUUAGUCUUAAUUUUUUAUUAUUGUUUGUUGUAUUAAUUUAUCAACUAUUGUAAUUUCUCUGUGCUCUUAAUCCAUGUAAGAUGCCAAUUAUCGAAUUGAAAACUUCUACCUCAAUUAUUGUGUUCAGAAUUGUGUGGUGGUCAAAUAGUUUUAAAAAUAGGUUUAGUUCAUAUUCCAUUAAGAAUACAUGAGUAAUUAGAUUAUAGUAUUUUUCUAUUGUAGCUAGAAGGAUAGUAAUUAUAAAUUUGGAUAAAUGAUAAGUAAGUCUGAUCCAAGUUGAAGAUUGGAUAGGUUCAUCAUUAUUGUCUAGGAUUGAUUAAUGUGAAGAGAUCAAGAGUUGAAUACUUUAAAGAGAGAAUUUCCUGGUCAAUAUUCAAAUCAAAUGUCAAGUGCCUAUCAAAGAGAUAAUCAAACUUAGGAUUCUAUUUGUAGAUCUGUUAAUAAUAUGUCACGGUAAAAUGUUCCUCAUUCACAAAUAUACAGAUUAGUUUUCAUUAUUAAUCCAAACUAAUCGUAUCAUUCAUUCAUCAAAUUUGAUUACAAAUAUGCAGAUUAAUAUUUACUGUACUCAUUGUAUCACAACACACACAUCAUCACAUUUUACCUAAUUUGUACCAUGUUGCUUGAGAAAUAUGAUAAUUACCCUUACAGUACACAAACUGAACCUCUUAUUCAUCUAUUGUAAAUUGAUUUGAUUCCUGCUUUGAAACUUUCAAUUGAUCUACAUAUUAGGUACAUUGGAUAAUGCUAUCAAAAUUUGAGGGUAAUAUUUGUACGGUACCGUAUUGACUUUUAUCACUUCCAACAUUUUUGAUACCUAAAAAUAAACUAUUCAUAUUAUUAGAAUACUGAUCCAUUUCAAAUUUGAAUUUUAUUUGUUUUUUCUUUCAAAGAUAAUUGUUUCUGGGAAAUUUGUAUUUUCAGUCUAUAAUGCCAUAUUCUACUUUCAAUUAUUAAUUUUGUCAACUUGUAGAAUUAUUGAUAUUGCCUUGUUUCAUAUUUUUAUUUAUUUUUAUAGAUAAUGUUUGCAGUGAAGAAAGUCCAAUCUACUCCCAAGUUAUAAGUAUGUUUAUCCAACUACUUAAUUUGUCGAUGGAGAUCCAACUAUAGUAAAUUGCGUCGAAAUUAUUCGAUAGUAACCCUUUUCAUAAACAAUUUAUUGCCAUGCACAGACAUUUGAAAACUGAAAUAUCUUGAAUCUUGAAAACUCUUGAGCACUCAGUAGUAAUGCAUAAUUCAUUAUUCUGUGCUGUGUUCACAGUAUGAAUGUAUUUCAAAUGUUGUUGAAAUUGAAUUUUACACUUCAGGUCUAGGAUUCGAAAGUUCGAAAGUAUCCAAACAAAUAAAAAUCUAAAGAAAGAAUUAUGUAGCCUAAUAUCGAAUAUUUAAUUAUAAAACAAAAUUAAGAAGACUGCAUUCAAGUACAAAUAUAUAAGUUGGUCGCUGCGUUUUUAUUAUUGACGGAAAAGUUAUUUCUGAAUAUGAGAAAGCAAUAUGGCAUAGGUAAGUCUUAAACUAUUUGAUUUUUUUCGACUCAAUUUCCAGAUUCAUUGUCAAUCACUUUUUGCAGGAUUAUCAAUCACAACUUUAGGUUUAUAGUGGUUGGUGAAGGACCUUUCAUUGUCAUAUGCAAUUGAAACUAUUGUGGUUUGAUAUUGAUGAUAUGAUAAGUUUUGUGAAUCAAGAAAAGGAAAGUU